AUAUAGUUUGAAUUACUUUUUUUCUAAAGGUUGGAUUUGUUUAAUAGGUUAUUCACACAAUAAUGAGGGGAUUUUCUUAUUUAUUUCUUCGGAAAUUACAAAAGUGUGCGUACGCGAGCAUUCACACGUAGAUAUUUGAUCGCGGCGGAACAUCCGGAUGACUUAACUGUCGUCAUUUUAAGCGUAAGCGCGUUUCUUCUAUUUAGGUAAAACCCAAAAAACUGGUUUGAUGUUAUUCAUGAUAAUAUUGUACAAGUAUUAAAGCUAGUAAAAAUCGGUCUUAUUUUUGGUUUUCAUUAAUUUGAAAUAAAUAUCUUAUAGUAUUUUUGCCUAAGUAAAAAUUAAUCGUGGCUUACGUGAAUCCAUGACAUCAUUUAUACGAUUUCUUUUUUCUUUAUUAUUCGUUAUUUCUACCGAUAUUUAAAAUGACUAACUUAUUUCUUAUUAAUUCUAAGCAUAAUAAGUAACAAUAUGAUUCAUUAUAAUGUUUUUACAACAAUUGAAACUAAUUAUUUUUACCAAUUAACAUUUUCUUGUAACGCAUUAGAAACCAAUCAUAUGUGAUCUUUUAUCGAAACUAAUCGAAUUAAAUCGAACGAUCGAUAUAGUUUAAUACAUUACAAGAAAAAUUGGUACAUAUAUUAUUGCACGUGUUUUGUACACUUUUCAAAUUUCUAAUGAUUAUCAUGGAACUAUUAAAGUUGUUGAAUCAGGUAAAAUAUUGUAUAUACGUUUAAAAAGUAUUGUUACAUUUAAUUUUCCAAUAGAAUAUUAUGUGAUUUACUUUCAUAAACGUAUGUAUGAGUUCAAGCAUACCCCUAAUCAAUAUGUUAUUAUCCGUCAAUAGUAUUAUACGUAAAUUAGCUAGUUUGAUAAGAUAGAAUUAAUUUCCAUAGUUAAAACUAUACUAUAUACAAAGAAACAAAAUUUUUGUCAAUCAGUUAAUUCGUCAUAUCUUACAUGCAUUAAAUUUUAUAUGCGUCAUAGUUAUAUGUAAAUAUUUAAAAAAAAAUAAGGAGAACAGAUAAAUAUAUGGAAAAUGAUUAUUUCUUGUGAACGGAUGGUUAUUUCCCUAAUAAUACGGUCCUGGGUACGAAAGUGGCGCUUACGGUGCGCAGUAAACUAACGCGCAUACAUCUUUACGCGCCGCUUAUGUUGCAUUCUUCUUUGUUUUUUCCUAAAAGACGUCACACAAAUCAACGUACUGGUACCAAAUUUCCCAAGUAUAAUCAAUGAGGCGCUCUUGCAAAGGUUUGCGGAGUAUUACGAAGUAUGACGAUGUAUGACGAAGUAUGACGAGUUUAUAACGUCGGGUCGAUAAUCCAUUUUUGAAGUUACGACGAAUAAACUGUAUCCAGUUGUCUUACGAUAUUCAGCUUUUCCGUGCAGAAAACACUUGGAAAAUACAUCGUUCAAAUCUACACGAUAUGAUGUUCUCAUUGGGACGUUCGAUUUAUAUUUCAUAAAAAUAUUGUUCAAAGAAAGUUACAAGUAAGUUUCUCUUUGCCAGUGAACUUCUUGACAAAAUUUCCCUCAAAUUGACCGAGAUUUUAUCAAAAGUGAAAGGCCUUGUCUACUGUGCAGCAAAUUCGACCGCUAUUUUUGACGAACAACUUUUACUGUUCCUUUUAAACUUUUUUUUUUAUAUAUACACUAAUAUACAUAUACGAAUAUUAAGGGCUGAUACGAUCAUUAUGAGGAUGUACUUUUAGUAAAAGGUUAGAUGUUUAAUUAAAUAAAUUCCAUGGAAAAGGAAAUCAUCGUUUGUAAUGAAAAAUAUAAUUUAUUUCUUUUUUCUCCUUAAAAGAACUAUUAUCAAAAGAUUUUCUUUUUCAGAAUAUGUGUGCACGCAAUUUGCGUGAAUUUGUAUUUAUUCAGCUCUCUGAACUUCGCCAUUAGAUAUUCGAUGUAUGGAAUUAACCUCAUUCGGAAAGAUGUAUCAAGAAUUUAACAUCUGUAAAGAGUUUCAUCGAGCGAAAUGCAUCCGUACGUGGGAGUAUUAAUAAUUCUGACAACCUUUGCCAAUGCUGAGAAUAUUCUAAUGACCGAGGUCUUUGUUAUACCUAUCAGACCGGAAACUUUCAAUUGGAAUCCAGAUGGAAAAUACGAUCAGUUUACGUACCAACCGUCCUUGCUCAACGCUCCCGAUCUUCCGUCAUGGAUUCACUAUGUUCAUAGUAAAAGAGAUCAUGGCGGAUUUCUUUAUGGUGUGGCACCAAAAAAUCAAAAAUAUUUUCAAUUGGAGAUUGUGGGUUUGAACAAACACACGUACGAGACGAAAUAUAAAGUGCUCGACAUCAACGUUCUUGAGAAACAAAAUUUAACGAGAUACGAGGUCAACUUAAAAAUCGAUAAUCUCAACGUGGAAGAUACAUUUGGUCGUAAUCGUACCGAAAAACUUCUUCAUAUUUUCAGAAACAAACUUUGGACGACUGCAAUGGACUUGUAUGUCACUUUUCUUGCUUCUGCGGUUGAACUCGGAGCACGUUUACCCCUUAAACCUGGAGAAAGUGAGGGAGUCGUCAUGAGACUGGGUAGUUCGGUGCAGUUUUCACAAGAAUUGAUUGAACUUCAAGAAGAGGUAAAACCACUUUGGAAGUUACUACCAUCCUGCCCAAGAGAUUUUAAAAGAACAAGCGUGGAAAGGCUAUUCAGAGAAGCUGGCUUUUUAUUGGAUUGGUGUUCCUUCAGACUGAUCGAAAGCGAUGAACAGAAUUUCCAACGAGAAAGUGCGAGACGCGGACCAAGUAUGAAUAUUGUUGGCUUACCAUCUUCUGGAAUUUCUGAACAUACCGAGUGGCAAUGGGCAAGAUCAACGAAAGCUGAUAUUCCUACGAGAAGUUAUUUCAAAGAAAUCGUUACGACGAUCUUCGUACCAACGACAUUACUUCUUCUUUUGGCCACUUCUCUGAGUACAGCACUUUGUCUUCAUCGUGAUAAAAUCAAAAAAACAGAAUCAUCGUCGAUAGAAACAAUGAGCAAGAAUGGGGUGCAAAUGGUACAAUAUGUUGCUCCUGAAAGAGGAACUCUUAGAUCAUUAUCUGUACCACCUUCUAGUCCUAAUGACUCUUUAACACAUACACCAAGAAUUUCUAGUGAACGUUGUAAUCCAUAUAUUCGUCCCAAUCCACCACCUUAUACUGGACCAAGCAAUUUUGCUGGUAUUAGAACAGAUUUCUGACUGUACGAGGAGCCAGGAAAAACGUGGUUUUGCUAAACAAAUACAAUUAA